CAGGCAUAUUUGUUUGUUAUUCAGCGUGAUCAAUGAAUUACUGAUAAAACGUGUGAUAAAAGCAGCAUGAAAUGGCUACUGUCUUGUUCAAACCAAUUGCACAAAUAUUUUGUUAUUGAGAGAUAAAAUAAUGAUAGUCAUAACUGGCAGAGAUAAAUGGAAAAUACUAGCUUUUUGCGGUAUUAUUUAUCUGUCAAUGCAAAUAAAUCAGAUUUACAAGCGAGAUUGUUCGGGAGGUAUGAAUAAUAGGAACUUUCAACAAUAGAUCUGUGAAUGAGUAUUUCUUAUACGAAUAGAGAAAGUGUAUAGUAAGUUGAUAUGUUUUAAAUAACAUGUAAUCGUAAUUUUCCAAGUAAUUGAAAUGGAAAUACGAUGCCAAAAUGACCAAUUGAUUGGCCAACUAUGGGUAAGUUGGUAUGACGUCUUGUUUUUUCGGAAGAUUUAGUCAAAUCAAAUAUAGAGAAUAACAAGAGUCUGUGUGUGUUAGUGAUAGUGAUAAUAAUUUUUGAAAGUUUUGCGUUUUUUUCGGAUAACAUCGGAUGUGUUAAUAUAUUACUCUUACAUUUCAUGGCUGCCUUCAAUAAAUGUGCAAACGAUAUAUGAUCAUGAAUUCAUUUUUGUUAUAUUGUCUAUAAUGGUACAUCAAACAUACCUGAAUAGUACAUUUUGCUUUAAACUAACAUUAUAUUAUUGUAAUUUAAACAAGUCCAAAACAAGAUAUCAAUAUUGCGUUACACAGGAUUAUAAUGAUAUGUGAAGCAUAACAUGUGCAAUGCGUGGAACUGUUUAAACAUCCUUAACUGAUCGAAGGAUGAUACGAAAUCAAUAUUUGUGCAGAAUAUGUGGUGUUAUCUGGACCAUUGAGGCUUGGCCGUUAAUCUACACCAUUGUGUUGGCCAGUAGAACAAGGCACCAUCCCAGAAAAAGGCUAUUUAAGUAUAAUAUUUAAAAAAGCUGUUGUUUUGCAAUAAAGGUGAAUGUGUAAUGCAGGAGGAAAAUGUGAAAUUUCUGAUGAAAAUCAAAUUUGCAAGUGGUAUAGUAUAGGUCAAUGACCUAAGCCCAGAAAGGUGAUGCUGUUAUGUCUCUAGAUAGCCAUCUGGACAAAGGGGGAGCUAGUCAUCGGAGUCCAAAUGCGCGACUCAACAGUAGACACUCUCACAGUGCCAAAGAGAUUAACAUGCUCGUACUAGGGAGAAAAUCGGUCGGGAAAACAGCUUUGACCGUUCGGUACCUGACUAAACGAUUUAUUGGCGAUUACAACUCAGACAUAGAGAUGCUGUAUAGCCAUGCCACCAGUAUAGACGGAAAGCACCUGACCUUACACAUUAUAGACACACAGGGUCAGAGAUCUCUUGACGACGUGAGCCCGUCCCAAGUUCUUUGGGCAGACUGUGUAAUCAUUGUUUUCGCCGUAAAUGAUAAGACGAGUUUUGACCUGGCGCGAAGCAUGGUCGAGCACGUCCAUCAUAUUCGGGCUGAAAACCAGAUGCCCAUUGGACUCGUGGCCAACAAAUCGGACAUGAUCGACAGGAAACAAGUGUCCGAUACGGAAGUAAGCAGACUGUGUGCGGAGUUUAAUCUUUUUUUCUUCGAAACCGCAGCUAGUGAGGCUCGAGCGAGUGUUGGGGAUGUGUUUGUGACGCUUGCGCAGCAAGUACGGAUUAUCUUCAAGAAGAAGGAGAAAUUGACUAGAUUUAUGGCCAAUCCUGCUGUGGCAGCCAAGCUACAGAUUCAGCAAUCUUUUCGAAGUCUCGCUGAACGAACUUGGCGGUCACGGACUUCAACGCUUUGACUUCCACUGAGCAAAACAAAUCAGCUGUUUUGUAUUAACUUGGUAAUGACAAUUAAAUCUCAAGAAGGGAAGCCAAUAUCGGACCGAUUGAUUUUCUUAUUGGAGUUCUUCAAUAUCUUUGAUUUAUGAUCAGUCGAUAUAUUUAUAGUGGCCUCUCACGAUUUGUCAUCGAUUUUCACAUAUCUCACAUUUCAUAUUUUCUAUUUAUCGUUCGAAGUAAAGUACCCUAUCUGUGCACAUUUGUAUGAUUUGUAUAAAUGCAUGUAUGCUUCCAUGAGUAUUCCUUGCUCUUUUGCUGUAUAAAAUAAAGAUUAUUUUUAAAAAUG